CCAGCCCCCAUCUGUUUCCUGGGCCUGCUGUUGCCACCACUCAAUCCAGCAGCCCCCAUCUCCCCAGCGGAGCCCAUCAGUCAAGCCUAUAGCCUGGCCCUCUACAUGCAGAAGAACACAUCAACACUGCUUCAGACCUAUCUGCAGUACCAGGGAAGCCCCUUCAGUGACCCUGGUUUCUCGGCCCCUGAGCUCCAGCUGAGCAGCCUACCACCUGCUGCAGUCUCCUUCAAGACUUGGCAUGCUCUGGAGGAUGGGGAGCGCCUGAACCGAGCCCAGGGAGCCUUCCUGGCCUUGACUCAGCACCUCCAGCUUGUGGGAGAUGACCAGAAUGACCUGAAUCCUGGCAGCCCUAUCCUGUUGGCCCAGCUUGGAGCUGCAAGACUCAGGGCUCAAGGCCUGUUGGGUAAUAUGGCUGCCAUCAUGGCUGCCCUGGGACUGCCUGUCCCCCCUGAAGAAGACACUCUGGGGGUUGUUCCCUUUGGGGCCUCUGCGUUUGAGAGGAAAUGUCGAGGCUAUGUAGUGACUCGGGAAUAUGGCCACUGGACAGACAGAGCUGUGAGAGACUUGGCUCUGCUCAAAGCCAAAUACCCAGCAUAA